GGCAGAAUGAGUGUCAAACCGAACACCUCAGUCGGAAUCAUCUGGGCUCCUUUUUCAAAAGGACAGGCACGGCAAGGAACGGAAGAAGGGCCUGCAGUGGUGAAGGAAGCUGGCCUGAUAGAUAAACUAACAGCCCAAGGGUGUGAUGUUAAAGAUUAUGGAGCCUUGCAGUUUGAUGACAUUCCUGAUGACAGACCAUGUCAUAAUGCAAAAAAUCCCAGAACUGUUGGGUGUGCAAAUGAGAAGCUAGCCAGCGCUGUGGAAGAAGUGAAGAAGGAUGGAAGAACCUGUUUGGUAGUUGGCGGGGAUCACAGCUUGGCAAUUGGAAGCAUAUCUGGCCAUGCAAAGAUUCACCCUGAUCUUGGUGUAAUUUGGUUUGAUGCCCACACUGAUAUUAACACUCCAUUGACAUCAUUAUCUGGGAACAUACAUGGGCAGCCUGUGGCUUUCCUGCUAAAGGAACUGAAGGACAAGAUGCCUGAUAUUCCAGGAUUCUCGUGGAUAACCCCAUGCCUCUCUGCUGAAGACAUUGUGUAUAUUGGACUAAGAGAUGUGGACGAUGCUGAACACUGUAUUCUGAAAUCUCUGGGUAUUAAAUACUACUCGAUGACUGAAAUAGAUCAACUUGGGAUUGGGAAGGUGAUGGAAGAAGCACUUGAUUAUUUGCUGGCCAAUAAGAAGAGACCAAUUCACUUAAGCUUUGAUGUUGAUGGCUUGGAUCCCUCUCUGACACCAGCUACAGGCACCCCAGUUCCUGGAGGAGUGACUUUGAGAGAGGGUAUCUAUGUAGCAGGAGAACUUUAUAGAACAGGGUUGCUAUCAGCAGUAGAUAUAAUGGAGAUCAAUCCGUGUCUUGGGAAGACACAAGAAGGAGUUGACUCAACGGUCAACACAGCUGUUUCAAUUAUCUUAUCUUGUUUUGGUAAAGCUCGUGAAGGUUCUCAUAGUUCCAGUUACCGUAUACCCAAGCCACAAAAAUCCAUCUGAACAUAUACAAUUAUGUUCCAAGAAGUUUUUCAGUCCAAAGUACACCUCUACCCCAAUAUAAGGGGAUGCAAUAUAACACGAAUUCGGAUAUAACGCGGUAAAGCAGCGCU